AUGUCGCAAGUUCAGAAGAAAAAGCAGCGUUUAUCGCUGGAAGAAGAAUCAGCAGCAAGUAGCCCGCAAACGAAAGGCAGACCGGCUGGAAAAUCCGUCGCGGGGAAAGGAGCUGUAGGCAAGAGGCCAAGUGAAAUUGCCGUUAGAGCUGGAGAUCCAGUUCCCCAAGGGAAGAAGCGCCGUUAUAAGCCUGGUACCCUAGCCUUGAAGGAAAUUCGCAGGUUUCAAAAGUCUACAGAUCUGCUACUUCUAAAACUUCCCUUUUCACGAUUGGUCAGGGAAAUCGCUCUCUCCGUGCGUCCUCAAGGUGAGGGCAUGCGUUGGCAAUCACAAGCUAUUCAGGCACUCCAAGAGUCUGCUGAAGCAUUUCUUGUCCAUCUGUUUGAAGAUACGAAUCUGUGUGCUAUUCAUGCCAAGAGAGUUACAAUUAUGCAGAAAGAUAUACAGCUCGCUAGACGUAUCCGAGGUGCAUGGGGUGGUUUGGGUUGA